AUGAUACCCCGGUCAACCCUCCCACGACACCUCUCCCGGUCCAUUAUCAGCCCAAUUAGCACCCGCCGCAUCCUCUCGACCACAUCUGCAGCGCAGGAUGCCCGCGCGCCGACGACCAGCUCGGCGAACCCGCCGGCAAGACCUCACACGAUCGAUCCACGAUGGCUUACAAUGAUGAAGCGGCGCAUAGGGCGGUGCAUGAUGUUUGGACUGGAUUCCGCGCGGGUCUACGAAGCGGGCUCCGUUUUACAGCAGCUGGCGAGGGAUUGGCGCGAGUUAAUUGCCGGGAGCGAGGGAUUCUUGACCGAUGAGAAGCGGUGCAGUCUGUAUCGGCAUAAUGUUGUGUGGGGGGAGAUGUUGUUUACCGAUUCCGGCUAUUCUAAUAACGACCAGCCCAUGACCUCGCCGGAUAAAAUUACCGUCUACCAGAAACUAGUCCACAACCCUUCCUCGUCGCUGUCAUCCGAGUCCGCAUUCCAGCUACAAGUCAUGAUCCUGUCCGAGGCCCGCCAGCGCCCUGCGGCGCGCUGCCACGAAGACAUCGUGACCUACGACUAUCAGAAGAACCGCAAGACACCGGAGCUGCCGCCGUUUAUUUUAGAUCAGUUUGUGAAGAUGUGGGAACUGCAGGAGAAGGCCAAGGCGGAGUGGCAGCAACGGAUUCUGGAGAUUGAGAGUCGCGUUAGGACUUUGGAGGUUGAGAGCUGGGAUCGCGCAGAUGCCGUCGAGGAUACGGGAUCUGCGUCGUGA